AUGCCAUCAUCUGUAUAUCCUGGUCUGGCCUGGCCUGGUCGGAUUCCCAUGUUGCGAACACAGCCAAGAGAUGCCGUUCCCUCCCACGCCGCAACCACGCACUUCUUCCCUCCGCACCCCGCUCGCCUGUGUUGGCCUGGCCUGCCUCGCUCUUGUCUUGGCCGAGUGUUUUUCUCUUGUAAGAUAAAGAAAAAGCGUGGAUUGUGCCCAGAGCGACGUGUGGCAGUGGCUUCAUCGAUUAGGGAUAGAGAAUACUAG